CGGGACCCAGCAUCCCAGUGGUACGGGUGUUCCGGCGAGGAGCAUGGUGGCAGCCAUGCUGCUGCUGGUGUUUCCGCAGCGUCCCGCGUACCGGGGACUGCUCCGAAACUGUUGGGAGUUCCUCCAGCGCAAAUUCCAGCAAAGCUGGCCAGGCCUUUCCAGUCCUCCGUGGGGACCAGCAUUAGCAGUCCAGGGUCCAGUGAUAUUUACAGAGCCAGCAACUGAUACCAGUGGAAGUAAUGAGAAUUCUAGCCUCUUGGAAGGUAUCUUUUGGAUGGCAGCUCCCAAAAACAGACGCAGUAUUGAAGUUAAUCGGUGUAGAAGGAGAAACUCUUGGAAACUUAUUAAAGUUAAGAACAAUAUCGACGUUUGUCCUGAAUGUGGCCACCUAAAAUUGAAACAUGUCCUUUGUGCCUUUUGCUAUGAGAAAGUGCGCAAGGAGACUACAGAAAUCAGACGACAGAUAGGGAAACAAGAAGGGGGCCCUUUUAAAGCUCCCCCCACAGAGACUGUGGUCUUAUACGCAGGAGAGACACCGUCCCCACAAGAUCAGGGCAAGAGGAUCAUUGAACAAAACAGGAAGCGACCAUCCUGGUUCACCCAGAACUGACAGCGAAGAUGAUAAAAGAAGAACUUCCCAGUAAAAUAUUCUGAAACAGAAGAGGCUUUGUAUUUUAUGUUAUUGUGCUUGUUUUUAAAUCAUCAAUGCAAAGUGUAAUUUAUAUGUAGUUUUAUGUGAGAUAAUUUGAAGAAUAUAUGAGUAAACUCUUAAAAUGUUUAUGCAGAGGUUCAAUGUGUGUUUCUAUUAUAGUGUCUGGUUUUAAAGAAACAUAAAAUUUCCAGAACGAAAAUGUUGUCUUGCUCUGGUUUUGUUUGUUUGCAAUACUUAACACAAAUAUUUUUAUUUCAGUGACAGAAAUAGGCAUUUUGAAUUCUUGGUAUUGCUUUUUUUCAGAUGCGAGUCAUGUUGGGAUAGGUUUUUUUUGUUAAACUGUCUUGGCAGGAAUUCACUUUUAUAUGGAUUAUAUUACACUAAUUUACUUAGAUGAUAAAAAUAGCCUUUUUGUAUUUUAAAUUAAAAUGCCAUUGAAAAUUCA